CGGAUGCUGUCUCAAAGGCAAACCUGAGCAUGCGUAGAACAAACCGCUGUCCUAAGUUUAGGCGACAGAGACAGCUAGUUGGUCCGAUGCGGAAGUGCUUUUCCAGGCCGUUUACGGAAAGGUCUACUCAACACCCUGCAAAAAAUCUGGUUGAGUAAAGAUGAGGGUCUGUGUUAGACUGGGGUCGCGAGCUGAGUGGUGGGUAGUUCUAAGUGGAGGGAGGUUCGGGUAUGUCAUUGAUGCGAGAGACUGGGAGAUGGGAUGAUGGGGGCUUGAGAGAUGAGUAAACGGGGGUCUGCGGACUUAAUAGUGGACAAAGUUAUGAGGCUAGUUAGGAUUAAGUGAGUCGUACUAAACUUUAGCUUUUACACAUUUUCUAGCACAGUGAUCCCCUCUUUAGAUGCGCCCCCUUGUUUCCGUCUUCCAGUGUACAGCUCGCAGGAAUCAUGGGGAAGAGUGCUGGAUUAAAUCAGCAUUUAAAGACUUCUUUACAGCACCUGAGCUAAACAGCCCCAGUGAGGGAGGUGAGAGAAAAAGGAAAACAAGCAGACAAAAAACGUCAUCUGUAGAGCCUUAGCGGCCUUUGGACAUUUGGAGGUCUGAGGAGGGAUAGACAGGUACCAUUUGAAUAAUAGGUAGAGGCUUAUGUUUUAGAGUGUAAUAAAUAGCAUUUGAGUUAAGAAUUAACUUGAGGCCGGGCGGUGGUGGCACACGCCUUUAAUCCCAGCGCUUGGGAGGCAGAGGCAGGUGGAUUUCUGAGUUCGAAGCCAGCCUGGUCUACAGAGUGAGUUCCAGGACAGCUAGGAGAAACCCUGUCUCGAAAAACCUAAAUAAAUAAAGAAAUAAAGAAUUAACUUGAAAAUAGAGAAGAAAAUAGGAGCUAAUUUUCCCUUAUUUAAAUGUCCAUUCUUAGACAUUCAAGAGCUAUAUAUCACUUAAUAGUUAACAUUUAAUUUAUAUAUUUAAAAUGUAUGCCUGCAGUUUUAUAUAUCUUAUUUAGAAAUUUAAUUUGGCUUAAGAUAUUUUUCUGAAACAGUUUUCUAAACUUUGAGUUACAAAAUAUGUAGAUAAUACGUGUGUAGUUCCAUACAUUUUUUAACAACUAUAGAGCAUUUCAUCCUGAAUUUCUAUUUAUUAUCAUAUUACACAUUUUCUAUGAUUGCUUUAGUUUGGCAUUAUUAAAAUCUGUUCUAUGUAUCUCAGUGGUAUAGUACUGGCUUAGCAUGCACAGAGCCCUAGGAAUAGAUUCUAUCAGUACUACAAGGAAUUGUUGCUGCUGAUGUGGUGGCACACUCCAUUAAUUCUAGUACUUGGGAGUUAAAAGCCAGCCAGGGCUACACAGAGAGAUCCUGUCUCAAAACAAAACAAAACAAAAAACAAACAAGCAAACAAAAACCAAACAAAACAAAAAACUUAGAGUUGUCCAUACUCUUCCAGAGAGUGGCCUCGCAUGUGAAGAGAUUUCUGGGCAGAUGAUUCUGAGUACUGCAAAGCUAAUGGUUUCUACUGUUAUAUUCUACUCUACUCAUUCUAGCUCAGCUUUCAUACAUUUGUUUUCUCAAGAAAAGCAGGAAAUGGCCAAACCCCAGGAACCAGUGACAUUUGAGGAUGUAGCUGUGGAUUUCACUCAGGAGGAGUGGCAAUACCUGAACUCUCCACAGAGGACCCUGUACCGAGAUGUGAUGCUUGAAACCUACAGCAACCUCGUUUCUGUGUGUGAGGUGGCUUCCAUAGGUCCCUUCUGCUGACCCCAAACUGCAACUUGUGCUGUUUCAGGCUCUGAAGACCAAGGAGGUAUCUCUCAUUUAUCAUCCUUAGAGCAGCAGGUUACUAAGCCAGAUCUCAUUAUCAAGCUGGAGGUAGAAGAACCAGACCCAGAAGAUGGAGAAAUUCCAGUUUGGAGCUUUCCAGAAGUCUGCCAAAUUAAUGAACAAUUUGAGAGGCAACAUCAAGAUAAACAAGAUAAGUAUCUGUUGAUGCAAGUUAGACUCCCUAAUGACAACAUAAUUACCAAGAGUGGCCAGAACUAUACUGAUUUUAGAAAUGCAUUUCAUCUGAGCACAGGCCUUCUUGUUCCAAUGCAGAGAUCCCAUAAAUUUGAAUCAUUUGGAAAUACUAUGGUAGACAAUUUAAACUUGCUUACUGGAAGCUCUACAGAAAAUAAACAUGAUACUGGGUGUGCAAAAUUUUUCUUCCAUACAGAAUAUGAAAACCCUAAUUUCAUAGUGAAACCCUGUGGAUAUAAAGAAUAUGAGAAAACCCUCAGGCAAAAGAAAGGUCUUAGCCUUCAUCAGAGAAUUAAAAAUGGAGAGAGGCCUUUUGAAUGUACUGCAUGUCAGAAAACCUUCAGCAAAAAGUCCCACCUCAUUGUCCAUUGGAGAACUCAUACAGGAGAGAAACCAUUUGAAUGUUCUGAGUGUGGGAAAGCCUUUAGCCAAAAGUCUCAGCUCAUUAUACACCUCAGAACCCACACAGGAGAAAGACCCUUUGCAUGUCCAGAAUGUGGCAAAGCCUUCAGAGAAAAGUCAACUGUCAUCAUCCAUUAUAGAACUCAUACAGGAGAGAAGCCUUAUGAAUGUAAUCAAUGUGGGAAAGCCUUUACUCAGAAAUCAAACCUCAUUGUUCAUCAAAAAACCCACACAGGAGAAAAAACCUAUGAGUGUACCAAGUGUGGGGAAUCUUUCAUACAGAAGCUUGACCUAAUUAUACACCAUAGUACUCAUACAGGAAAGAAGCCUCAUGAAUGUAGUGAGUGUAAGAAAACGUUCAGUGAUAAGUCAACCCUCGUUAUACAUCAGAGAACUCACACUGGAGAGAAACCUCAUAAGUGUACUGAAUGUGGGAAAUCUUUCAACGAAAAGUCAACCCUCAUUGUGCACCAAAGAAUUCACACUGGUGAGAAGCCCUAUGAAUGUGAUGUGUGUGGGAAAACUUUCACCCAAAAAUCAAAUCUGGGUGUGCAUCAAAGAACUCAUUCAGGAGAGAAACCAUUUGAGUGUAAUGAAUGUGAGAAAGCGUUCUCUCAGAAAUCCUACCUCAUGCUACAUCAACGAGGCCACACUGGCGAGAAGCCCUAUGAAUGCAAUGAAUGUGAGAAGGCAUUUUCCCAGAAGUCCUAUCUCAUUAUACAUCAAAGAACUCAUACAGAAGAAAAACCCUACAAAUGUAAUGAGUGUGGAAAGGCCUUUCGAGAAAAGUCAAAGCUCAUUAUCCAUCAGAGAAUCCACACAGGAGAGAAACCCUAUGAAUGCCUUGUGUGCUGGAAAGCUUUCAGCCAGAAGUCGCAGCUCAUUAUCCAUCAGAGAACACACACAGGAGAAAAGCCCUAUGAAUGCACAGAAUGUGGCAAAGCAUUCAGGGAAAAAUCGACAUUCACUGUACAUCAAAGAACUCACACUGGAGAGAAGCCCUAUAAGUGUAUAGAAUGUGGGAAAGCCUUUACCCAGAAAUCCAACCUUAUUGUACAUCAGAGGACGCAUACAGUAAAGAAAGCCCAUUGAAAAGACCACACUCACAAGUCAAAGCCUACUACGCUAUAUUGUCUUUUAUAUAUUCCAAAGGAAAUAUCUAUUCAUUUAAUAUUUAAAAAGUAUGACCUGAAUUCUAGCCUAAUCAUUGGGAUAAACAGCAUUUCCUUUCAUCUUUUUCACCCUAAUGCAAGUUGAAAACGUAGUGUAUGUGUAAUUUCUUUGAAGAGAUGAAGAGACCAGAUAAGGCACCAGUGCAGGAGAUUUAAGGGCUUCCGAAGUGAGGCAGCAUAGCUAAGGACUCUGGAGAGGGUUCGGUAGCACACUAAGGUUCAUGACCACAGAUAGCUGUGACAAAGACCAUAUGAGGUCUGGGGAGAAACAAGCAGAAAAACCUUGCAUUUACAGAAAGUAAUCUGACAGAUUUGAGGAACAGCUAGAGAUGGGGAAGAUAGGGAUAUAGUUGGUCUUGUUUAAUGAUUUGGACAAAGUAAAGUCUGAAAGAACUAAUAUGUGUAUCAGUUGUUUAAAAAACUGUGAUCCUGGCACAUUCUCCACAAAAACUUUUGGCAAACAGCAAGUCCAGGAAUGAUUUUUCUCAUUCAAAGAAAAGCAUUUAAAGGUAAUGAAAACCACAAAUAAAUUUCAACUUCUGGGAAUACAUAUACUCAUAUAUGUGUAAAAAUAAUCAAAAUGCAGAGGUAUUUGUUGAUGCAUUGUUUGAAAACAAAAGAUUAGAAGCUGUUGAAAUUGCAUCAUGUGGAUUCUGCUUCCUGAAACUGAUAUAUUCUUACAGUAGACUCCUCAGAGACAAAAAUGAACAGAAAGAACGUGGAUAUGAUUUUUCUAGUGAUUUGAGAUAAUCUCCAAGUUACAUAAUUAGCUACAAAAAGCAACGCACAAUAAAGUGAGUACUAUGUGCUACUAUUUGUAUAUAAAAGGGAGGAAAUUGUAAGUACAGAAUGAAUUGUAUGUAUAAACUGUUCCUGGAAAGGAAUAUAAAAAUGUAAUUACAAUUACUACCUUACAAAAGGAAAGAGGUCAGUAGGUUACUAGGGAGAUGAAACUUGGAGACACAUUUUGUAUUCUUUCAUAGCUUUGGAAAGUUGUACAGUGUGAAUAUACUACCUGUUUGAAAAAAAACUAUAUUUAAAACCAUAUUGUAUUCCUUUAAUGGUCACUCUACAUACAGAAUUCAUAACACUUAAUGUAUAUAAGCUCGAUGGAGUUUAAUUUAUUUUCAGUGAGCAAAUUGGAUAACCAGGCAAACAGAGAAACAAAAAUAUUCAUUCAAUUCCUAAGAUAUGUAGACAUUUUCCCCAAACCUCAAAUGAAUCUGUGUGUGUGGUCACCUGGGGACCAUAUUACGUAAGCCUAAAAUAACAAAAUCUGGAACACAUUUCCAAUUUAGGUGCACAGUGACACACGUGGGAAGUUACUUUAUUAAAAUCCAUUUAUAUCUUUUUAAAUCUUAAAGUGAUUUUAAAUCACUCCAUUUUUUACAAAAAAACAUAAAAUACCAAUUCAACAGGAGGUAGAGUAACAUCCUCCAAAUAUCAUACUAGUGCUGGUGACAUGUAUUUUCUAAGAUCAGAGAUGAAAUUGAGACCCAUGAGAACAAUAUAACAUUUUCUGGAGAACAAGAGGUCUUGUUGUGGAUUACCGUAUUUGUAAGCCCUCUUAUUAAUGUGGCGAUUAUUCAUUGAUUCUUGUCUAGCAUUAAUAAGCAACACAAGCUAUAUAAAACCUGGAGGUCAGCUAGGUUUGUACUUACCAAAACAGAUGAAUUAGACUUGAGUCUGUUUGUGCCUUUCUAGACUACCUAUUUUUAAGUGUGUGUGUUGUGUUUGCAUUCAUGCACUCAUGCAUAUAUACAUGUAUGUUGAGGACCAGAGAGUCGCAAUCCAACUUUUUUUGUCUGUGUAUGUUCAUAUUUGUUCUCCAGGGUCAAAGCCUAGAUGCUAAAUUGCUUUUAUAUAGAUUUCUAAAUUGCAUUUAGAAAGUUUAAUAUAUCUGCUCUCAAUAAUUCUCUCUCAAAUGCCAUAGCCCCAGUCAAACAAUAUUUAAUGUAUAAAUAUUUACUGAAGUUGGGUCCUCUGUAAAAAGCUUUCUUAAUGGCUGAGCCAUCUUUCAAGCCUCUUUUUUAUGGUUUAAUUUUGGGUGAACAAGUAAGCAAUAGGCUCAGGUUUGAGGGGGCAAUGUUUUAAUGCUGUAGGUCAAACAAGGGGCUUUGCAGAUGUGAAGUGCUCCCACAUUCUGCUGUGUCUUCCCUUUAUUUUUGAACUCCAUAAGAGAUAGAUAGAUAGAUAGAUAGAUAGAUAGAUAGAUAGAUCCAUCCAUUUCCAGGGAGAAAAAAAAUGUAGGGCCCACUAGCUUGUUCCUGGUGCAGUCUACAUUAAAGAUUCUCAAGGGAACCAGAAAUAGCUAUUUGAUCUUUUUACCAAUAGAAAAUCAUCUCCAUUUAAGGUUAAUCUGCAGUCAGGUGAGAGCUCAGGUUGUGCCUUAUCCUGUGAAUCUUGGAACACCUUCCUGUGCACCAGAUGGCAAUUUGUUCCAGCUGCAUGUGGUAAACUGAAGUGACAGAGACAUAGACUGAAAAGGAUGGGAUAAGGAUGAACUGUAGGAUGCAAAUGGGCUAAAGUUAGAGGGAAAGAGAGAAGGCUAAUGAAGCACCAAGUAUGGGUCAAUGGAGUAGUAAAGGGCAGAGUUGGGGAGCGAAUAGGGGGAAGGAGGAGAAAUAUGAAAUCUCCAGUGGAGUACAGUACUUGAGACUAGAUGAACAUAAGCAAACAUGGAUUUGAGGGUGAAUGGGCAAAGAAAAUUGUAUUGGAAGUGAGGGAUGGUGAGGUAUAGCCAAUGUUCCUGCUCGAUGAAGUUGAGUAGAGAACCAUGCAGGUGAAUGAAAAGAGGAAAAGGGAUGGGUCAACAAAGUAGGCAGACUGCUAGAGUGAAAGAAUGAUGAGUAUUCAUAGGUAACAAGGAGCUAUGGUAUCAAGAGUUACAAUCACAAGACCUUGGGUAAUGCUAGGCAAUUGGUGAGAGCCAAGUAGAGAACCCCACCAUGAACAUAGGUAUAUGAGAUGGAAACAACCUGGACUCUGGACUCAGUGUUCAAUUAAGGUCAGCUCUGUUCUCCAUGUCCUUGUGGGUUAUACUUAGCAUGCCUCAAGAUAUCAUAUAUUUUUUUAAAAAAGUAGCUCAGGCCAAUGUAUCAGCUCCUCUGCUAAUGUUUUUAUUAGUUUAAGCCUUGUUCUCAGUGUCCAAGAUAAGUAGAUAUCUUAACUAUGAGAACACAAGGCAGGCAAAAUGGACAAAAAUAAACAUUCAAAGAAGAAUCCAAAAAAGUAAGUGUGCCUAUGCUAUACAAGGAUACAGUAGUUUCCUUUUACAAAGCCUAAGUUUUCUUUUAGUUGUCAACUCUGUUCUGAAAACAUUAAAUGGAAAAUUCCAGAAACACUGUUUUAAAUUGAGUGCCAUUUUGAGUUACACCAGACUUUACACCAUCCUAUAAACCAUCUCCUUAUCAGGCAUUUCCAUGUUAUUGGCUUCUACCAGUUAGUCACUUAGUAAGUAGAAGAUCAUAAAUGUAAGCCCAGCAGCCGGCCACAUGUGAUAUCACAUGUCUUUAAUUACAGCACUCAGGAGGCAGAAGCAGAUGGAUCUCUGUGAAUUCAGGGCCAGCCUGGUGAAUUCCAGAACAGCUAUAUAGCAAUACCUGUCUCAAAAUUUAAAAGGCUCAGCCAAUCACAGGGGCAUGUUUUUCUAGGUUCAAUGCAAUAAAUUCAAGUAAUUUCUGUUAUCCUAAAUCACUCAUGUAUUAAAAUAUUUUAAUUAUGAACAUAUUAGAAAUGGAUGAUAUACAAAUCAGUGGCAUCUGAUUGAAACUGGAAUAAACACUUCCUGUGUAA